ACGUCUCACCUCCGCGUCACGAGUCCAAGUGCGAGACGAACUUUACUGCAGUCAUACAAACAAACCCAGAGUAAGCAGUCAGAGACAGAGACAUUUUGAUAUCGAUUGGACAAAAAGGAACAGGCUUUUCACUUUGGAAGCACUUUACUGGCAACACUGUUCAAUCACUGUGACUCAUUUUCAGAGGCUAUGGGGACUCUCAAAGUCGAGUGUGUGGUGAAGGAGCAGAAUGAGAUCGGAGAAGGUCCGGUCUGGGAGGAGAAAGAUGCCACUCUGUUGUAUGUCGACAUCUAUGGCCCGAAGAUCAGCAGGUGGAACUCACUGACCAAUCAGAUAGAGAGUAUGCACACAGAGACGUAUGUGGGCUGCGUGGUUCCACGGAGGUCAGGAGGGUACGUGAUCGGAGAGGGAACACGCUUCGCGGCUGUAGACUGGGAGAAGCGUGCCAUCACAACCAUCGCUAACGUGGACACGGAAAAGAGCAACACCCGCUUUAAUGAUGGGAAGGUGGAUCCGGCCGGCAGGUUUUUCGCAGGCACCAUGGCAGUUGAGGUGCGUCCAGCUGAGCUGGAGAGGAAACAGGGCUCUCUGUACAGUCUACACCCCGAUCACUCUGUCGUCACACACUUCGAUCAGGUGGACCUCUCCAACGGGUUGGACUGGUCUCCGGAUCAUCGCUUCUUCUACUAUGUAGACAGUCUGACGUACAUGGUGGAGGCCUUUGAUUAUGAUAUACACACUGGAGGAUUAGCUAAUCGCAGAAUGGUGUACAGGCUUGAGAAAGACGAAGGCAUUCCUGAUGGCAUGUGCAUUGACGCCGAAGGUAAAAUAUGGCUUGCCUGCUACAAUGGAGGCAGAGUGGUGCGCAUCGACCCUCAGACAGGGACCAGGCUGCAGACAGUGAAGCUGCCUGUCGCUAAAAUCACCUCAUGCUGUUUCGGAGGGAAAGACUACACUGAUCUAUACGUCACCUCUGCUUAUAAAGGCAUGGAUGAGGAAUCGCUCGCCAAACAGCCCCAAGCUGGCUGCAUUUUUAAGGUCACUGGUUUAGGAGUAAAGGGAAUUCCUCCCUAUUCAUUCUCCGGCUGAAGCUCCAGAGCACCUCUGGAUAUAGCGAAUUACAUGAAGACUGUGCUAAUUAUGUUCGCUUAACACUUCAGCAACUGACAUAUUGAUCUAAUAAUGAACUGAAUUCAAUUGACUUGACAUGAAUUAAACAGCAUUUUUGUCCAGCUAGAACACAAUAUCCAAAGUCAUCCUAUUUCAAUUAGUACUUUAAAAGGGAAUUAAAACCUUCAUGACUGAAUCAGUUGGCAAAAACGCUUGAGUUGAGUUUGUGAUCAGUGAUAAUAAGAAUAGAAUAAUAAUUAGUGAAUGUAAUGAUAAUUAACAUGUUGACAGUUAUGUUGAUUAAAACAUCCUGAUAACUCAUGACAAAAACAAAAUCAUUUUGCAAAGUAAUGAAAGUGAUUUAUCAUCACAUGUAUAUGAAUUUAUAGAUGUUUAAAUGAGAUCCAAAAUGUUUAGACCCUGCAGUCAUGGAAUACAAUAAUGUUGUCCACUGUAGGCUGUUUUUCCUGGGUCAGGAUAUUGGUGAUAUACUGGGAACACCGGGCAUGAGAUGGGAAUACCUCGUGGAUGGUACACCAGUGCACUCGCACACAUUCAGGCACUCAUUCAGGAUUAGGGGCUAUUUAGUGAAUCCACCUACAAGCCUACAUGUUUUUGGGAGGUGGUAGGAAACCGGAGAACCCUGAGGGAGUCAUGGACACGGCAAGCUCAGGAACGAACCAGGGACCCUGGAGCUGUGAGACUGCAGUGCUAUCUGCAGCACCACCAUGCCUCCUCCAUUUUAGUUUUAAUUCUUUUAUUGUUGAUGUAGCCUUUAAGAUUAGUCGUUUCUGAUUAUCUGGUGAAAGACAUCCAGGGUAUGAAAAAAAUAAAUUGCAGAUGAACACAUGCAUCAACCUUAAUCACUGUUUGUUAAUUGGUGAAAUUGUAAUUAAACUUUUCAUUAAAGUUUCAUGUGCUAUA